ACAUCGCGUGUGGCAUUGCCCGAGAAAUCAAUUAAAGAUGGAGUCGACUGUGACAGAUUUCCCCAGUUAUCCAUCGUGUUAAAGUGAAUGUCAUAUUUGGACAAUCAGAACUAUGCAAAAACUGUCUUUCUGGAGGAUUAGUUGCAGAAUACAUAAAAUUAUUCGUAUGUCCACAUAAGACGUGCAAGAGAUGUAAGAUGGAGGGCCUGAAGCUCAGUGAUCAAGAGCAGCGAUUUUAUGGAGAAUUAUUUCAAACCUGUGAUAGUGAUGUUUCUGGGAAAAUAAGUGGAAUCAAAGCUUUAGAACUGUUCAGAGCUUCAGGUUUGAAGCAGGAAGCGUUACAUCAGAUAACGGAGCUGUGUGGAGCCAAGCGUCUCGGACAUUUUGGUCGCAGUCAGUUCUACAUUGCCCUGAAGUUGAUUGCAGUGGGCCAGGCAGGUCUUCCUGUCAAACUCGACAGUCUGAACUCAGGUGUAGACAUAGCUUUGCCAAAGUUUACGAAAGUCAACGAACAAGGUGAGCGAAGAUGGCCCUCCACCUCUGACCAGGAGGUCGGACCGGUCACUGCAGAUGGUAAAGCCAGCGGCACGGCUGGCCAGCUUCCCCCUCCUCCUUCAGCAAAGAAGUCCCACACACGGAGUUUGUCCGGGCAGUACCGCGGGGUCGUCACGGAGGGACAGCAACCGUUCAAUGCACAACAGCCACAAACAACCAACAAAGAGGAAUCCAACGACUCCAAGUCCCCUCCCUUCUCCCCCCGACAAUCCCCUCCUGCCUCCCCCCCAGCGGUCCGCAGACAACUACUGAAGCAGCAGACUGCCCCUGCCACAUACCCUGCCGUCACGGUAGCGCCCCCUGUAAGCGUGAAGAUGGCAAGUUUGGACGGUGGCCAUGUGAACCCUGUGGCCCUGGCCGGAGGAGCAUAUCUCAACUCCACCAGUGAAAACGGAAACUGGGCCUUGUUUGAAGACGAGGACAGUCACAUGUUGCUAGGUGCUGGCGUCAAGAAGUGGGAUCAUCUGGAGCCUCCUGGGUUCGACUCAUCCUCCAUCAGCUCGGAGGCGGAGAGCGUGGACGACAUCUGGGCCAUCAGUGAGGAACAGAGAGAGUACUACAUGAAACAGUUCAAGACCAUGCAGCCGGACCUAGGGGGCGUCAUUACAGGAAAAGUAGCCAAAGACUUUUUUGAGAAGUCUAAACUGCCAGUAGUAGAGCUAUCUAAAAUAUGGCAACUCUCAGAUCUGAAUCGGGAUGGAGCUCUGUCUCUGGAGGAGUUCUGUAUUGCCAUGCAUCUGGUUGUGUUGCGACGGAAUGAGAUUGAACUGCCGGAACGUCUACCCCUCUCUCUCAUGCCGUAUGCUACACUCACAAGUGAUGAACCAUUUGCAGCUGACCUACCCCCUGGAAGCACCCUCAAGAGAACCACGCCCCCCUCCCCCCAGGCUAGUCAGUGGACUGCUAGCUUUGUUCAGGAAUCUCCAGGGUCAAGCGGAGUUCCCUCCCCUGCCCUAUUGCCAGUCAACUUUGAGUUUGCUAAGCCUAAUGCUGCAGACCCUGAUUCGAAGAUCAUUCACCCUGUGGCUGUACGAAUGUCUCCGGACGGUCACCCGAUAGCACCAGAGGGAUUCGACAGGGGUAGGGCAUUGUCAGAUCCCGGGUCGCAUGACUGUGCCCCACCCGACUCGCCGGACGCUGUUACCCCCACAAAGCAACGUUCCAAUACUGAAUCCUACCCUGACCCUAGUCAGAGUGACCCCUCAGCUAAAUACAACACACCCCUCCAUGGCCGACCCAGGCCUAUUGCAAAGAAGCAAAAUCCAGUGCCAAUGGUUGUUCGUGGUCAUAUACAACCCCCUCCACUCACUAGUCACGAAGGCGGCCCAGAUCGGCCCCAUGCACUCAUGUCCUCUGUGAGUGGCGAGUCAGCUUUAGUCAACUCCGAGCCCCCAGCACCACCCCCUCGACCUCCCGGCACACAUGGACGCAGCAUGUCAGUUGAUCUCAAGCCAAAGACAGAAGGAGGACACUACAGUGCGCUGCUGCCGCCCCCAGCAGUUCCGCCGAGAGUGUCGCCAAAAGACGCACCCAGCUGGAAAUCCAAUGAAGGUGCAGGUAUUGCCGCCACGGAGGGGGGUGCAGAUCGGGCAGUGUCGUUUAGCGAGCCCAGGUCGCCAACGGAGAACACAGUCACUAAUGAGGUCCCGAAGGAUGCUGUGGAUGGGAGUGGAGAUUUCUCCACUUCAACUUCUUCCAGCCUGACUGUAGCAUCAGAAAAUAAGGUUGUAUCACCGUUGCCCCGGGAACAGCAGAGUGUGGCGGAGGAGGUGGAGCCAGGCAAGCCUCAGCAUGCGGUCUUAACAUUACGGCAAGCAAGUCGAGACAAGCGUGAACUUCACAUGGCAGUGCGUACCCACACUGAGCGGAAUGCAAUGCUCACCCGAUUGAACUGUGAACUUAACCAGGAGUUACAAGAAGUGAUGGAGCAGAGAAUAGCUCUGGAGAUUCAGCUGGAGCAUUUGCGACCCUUCUCCAGUUAGUCCCAGCUAGGGGAGACAAUCUGUGUGCCGGGAUCCCAGAAAUAUGAGUUAUCUCCCCUGUAUUGUCCUCUUUCUAGAUGUAUAUAUUAUUAACAACAACGCUGUCUUGUGGCUCUAAGUAAUGAUAUUACCUAUAUGCUGUGAGAACUCUGUCAGUCAUUUAGCCGUAGGUGGACUGAUUGUAAUUAGAAUCGUAUUUUGAAAUGAUUAUUUCACUACUGGAUGUGGAUAUGUAUGUGGAACAUGUAUCACCAUUAUCUGUCUUGUAAGAGCCUGUGUAAAUGAAGGGAGAUAACUCAUACAACUAACGGCUGACCAAAAUGCAAUUCAGUUUGGAUAUGGAAGUGUUUGAAUCCUGAAGAUGCUAGAACAAUGUAGUGAUCUGAGAUGCAGCAGGAAGGACAAGGAUGUGGGAUUAGCAGCUUUUAGCCUCUGUGUCCAAGUGUUGAAGAAAGUGCCAUUGCUGUUGCUGCUGAGAGCUGUGUGGUCGAUGGACGCUUCUCCGUGUACUUGUGAAUGAUGGCUGGUUCUUGAGGUGGUGUACAAUGAUAAAAUAGUGCAUGCAUGUAAAUAGAGGCCUGGUUUUUAGCCCAGUGAGAACCGAUCUGGAGUUUUAAUGAACAUCUUUUACUGUGUGAAGGUCAUUCCCUGAUUAUCAUAAGCUCAUAACUGUAGAGGUCUGUCGCUCAAUGGUGGUCGUUUUUCCAAUGAUGGCUCAUCUCCAAAGUUUGUGUAGCCUUGCUGUAGCAAUCUGUAGUCUACCUGCUCCAGUCAUAAAGGUCACAUUAUGACUUGAUGAACUCUUUCUCAGCAACAAGAUUGCUGUUUUUAGGUUAAAACACUGUUUUUCAAAAGUACUUGUAAUGUUUGUUUUUAAUUGUGUUAAGAAUUAUUCUAAAAGAUGAACCGAUAUCAAAUCUUGAACUUUCUUGUCUCUCUCUGAUUUACUGAAAAGAGCUAUUUCUGUUUAAAAUUAUUUUUAUGUUUGAAUUUAUUUUACAUGAAUUCUAGUUCUGGUUCUCAUCUCUUGCUGACUAAACCUUCAUCUUGAUAUUUAGUAUGUGAGUAUACUCCCUAGGUAGCCAUUACUCCUCCACUAUCUAUCUUCCACAAGAACUGUUAACAGAGGUAGUACAACUUUCUUUCUAUCUUAAACCCUUGAGGACACUGAUGGUGCAAAUCUGAGUAAACAGUUGUGUCCCUUAGCAUAAGCCAGGAUCUGCUGGUCAUGUGCUUGAAUCGAAGAUACCCCUCAUUGUGUUUCUUGGUUUGUAAGCACCAUAGCAGUGCUAGAGGAUUUCACCAACUGCGUAAACAUCUACAAUGUGUGACAUUAUGUGGAAGUCAUGUUUGGGAUAAAAUACUAUUGAAAGCGUUGGUCAUUUUAACUUAUGGUGAAUAUUGAUGGGGACUGUUCCCCACCAGCUUAGAGAGUGGACUGCCAUAUCACAGUGAGGAUACUAUCUGUUACCUGCAUGUAGGAGCUUAGUGCUGUGACAGUCAGAUGGUCCAGUCAGUGUGGAGACAUAGUGCUAUUACUGCUGAAUGGAAGUAGGGUGGGGCCAGGGAGAGGCAUGGGCGGGGCAUGGGCGGGCCACAGCACCCACACCCAACAUCGAUCCUGUCCAGUGCAUGGUAACGAACUCCAUUCUUUCAGUGCUUUUCUUGUGCCAUGUACACCGCUCCGCAAGGCUUCCUCUUGUGUGGAGCCUUAUUCUGAGCUUGUCUUUGUACAUCUUGGUUCACCAGUGUAGUAUGAGACUGACUAGAGACUGGUUGCCUUGGUUACAUAGUUUUGUUGGUGUGUGACUAUUGUGACCAUGUAUCAACUGUCUGGGAAUAACUAGGUAGCAGUUAAUGUCAGCAUUUGCCAAAACCAUCUGAGAAGAAUCAGUUGUCAACCUUCUCACGUUUUCCUACAGAUAUCGUACACGUUAGCGAAAGACUAAAGGGAGACAAGUUGUUAUGGAAGGGGUCAGAGAUGGGACUCAUUGUAUUACCCUGUGCAUGUUUUCAAGCAUGUAAUUGUCAGGUCACAGUGUUUUGGUUUUGUGGGCUUCAGAAUAAGAUGAAUAAAAUACAAGCUUAUGUUGUUUGCUAGUUCAAAACUUGUGCAUACUGCAAGGAACGUUUCUGUGAAAUAUUUAAUGGAAAAUUAAUAAUCACAAAGGCAACAGUACAUUAUUUUCCACAGCACUUCUGGUUUGAAACCAUUUAUGAUUUGGAAAGUCUAGAUUGCCUCAGCUCUUGGGUCUGUCCAAAUCUGCAGAUAUUUAGAGCUUUGUAGAUUUGGUUAUUCCCUGAAAUUAAGUAUUGUUCUGGGCUCAAUUUGGAUUUUAUACUGUUUCUUUUGUAGAUAUAUAUUUUUUAAUUUGAGAACUUUAUUUCUGGGACUGAAUGCUCAGGUUAUAAGCCACAAACCAACACUCAUCUGUUUCUGUAGCAGGCAAGGUCGUGGGGUAGCCCAGUGGUUAAAGCUUUUGCUUAUCACGCCUCUGGCCCAGGUUCCAUUUCCCAACUUGGGUCAGUGUGGUGACAUUUCUGGGAUAUUGCUAAAAGUAGCAUGCAUCCUUUUAAUUCACUGUAACAUGCAAGAUAAUUUCGAAAAAGACAACUCUAAUUUCGAUAAAAUCAGGACAUUAACAGCAUCCUGCAUCAGAUCAUGAUGAAAAUCUUGUGACUUAUUUUAGUGGUAGUUACUUCUACUGUCACCUACUCCACUGAUAAUAAGGCAGGGCAGCCCUUUACAUGUCACCAGUCCCCCUUUAAUUAGUGAAAGUUGAUGAGUUUCCAUUGCUGCUGCUAGCAACCUGACAAGAUAUUGUCCUGGGCUUUAGUGCAACCAUGUGUUUAGUUUCAGGAAACAGAAACCAUUAUCCCCUAUCACUUACUGGUAAAAUAGAGUCAUUAAUUCCAUCAAUAAAGGCACCAAUAACAUUAAUGACAACUCUACCAAAAACAAUUUGCCUAAUGUUCAUCACUCACUAAAACUAGUUUUCAAGCUAAUAGUAUGUGGAGCUGUACACAUAAAUACUGAAAUAGCUUCCUUAUGUUAGAGUGCUUAUUUUCGUUCUGUUCAGCAUGACAUUUUUCUUUCUCAUAUUUUCUAUACUUUCAGUUCACACUAGCCAUUAAUUCCUGCCCUAUUUACUAAGUAUUUUUAAUCUGAAUCAAUGAAAUAUUUUCCUUGCCAUUCCACCUUUAUGAAAACAAUACUCACUUUGUCUUACUAUGUUUUAUAGACUUCUAUGUUUUCCACAUUUUGUUUGUCAUUUGAGUCGACCAAUUUCAUUCUGGGCUUAUUGCUAGGUGUACUGUUUUGUCCCUAAGUUGUAGUUGUUGUCCUGUACAUGUCUUGGUUAAUCAGACAACGUCUCUACAUCUUCCAUUAACGUACACAGCUGGCCUGACCGAGCUAGGACUGUGCUAAUAGCAUAAAAAAACACUCUCAUUAUUAAAUCUCAACAUUUCAUCAGGGUAAAUGUGUUUUUAGUGUUAUAUGUGGUGGACGAUUGUUUCUGUAUUUUCUACCUUAGAGCUGUAUGAAAUCAUACUCUAUGUUUCUGUGUUAAGAUUAGGUUAUCUCUUGUGUAGCACAAACUUUGGACAUUCUGUUUUUGCUGUAUUCCAAAUCAGUUUUCCAUUUUUGCCACAUUCUGCCAUAUUGGAAUAAUUUUUGUUGAGAUGAGGAAAUGUUAUUUAAAAAGCUACUUUCAUUCUGUGGUCUAUCAAGCUAAGGCUGAGCGGAGGCAUGUUUGCAUGUGCACUGUGUUUUAUUUGUCAGUGGGAAACUUUUAGUCCAGUUGUUUGUCUGUGAUUUUAUUCCCCAAAUCUUUAUUUUCCUAAUUAAGGUUCUACCUUAGUUUUUAUUUCUAUUUUUUUAGUUCUCAUUGUGUCGAGAUGGGUUGAAUGGUAUUCUGAAGCAUCCUGUAUGGCGAGUUAUUCAGGGUUGAGAAUACCUGUAGGAUAGCCUCGUACCCAUAGGCUGCGAGGACUUCCUCUGUUGAAUUGACUUACUGACAAAAUACUUGCUAUUAAGGAAGCAUUCAAAAGUUUGAUGUAUGAUCUUUAUUCUUGAGUUUGGGUUUGGGAGGUUAAUGGGUCAAGUGCUCAAUUCAACAAAUCAACUUUUCAGAGAGUUCUUGUUCCAAGUCAAUCAGUAACACCUCUGAUCGUCAUAUUUUAAGAGAAAUCAGUUUACCUGACAUUCUUGAAAUCUCUGCCAAAUCACAAGCUCUGUGGAUAAUAAGAUAAGAUAAAAAGUAAGAGCUUAGGGAAUUAGGUUUUUUUUAACCUACAGUAAACUUCUGAACUGUUUUCUAAGAGAUAUUUAUGUUAGUUGCUGCUGACCAAUUUGUUCUGUUUUAAGAUCUUUUUUAUCACUAUGUAAAGAUAGAAAGGAAAUUGGAAAAAAUAUAGAAUUAUGUAAGGAUUGAUUUGAGGGUACUUUCUUAAGAAAUGUCUUUGAUGAAUGAAAUAUGAACUAGCAUAUUUUUAGAAAUACGGCAUUUACUUUAGUUUAGUUUAUUGAAACAAAAUCAAUUUUGGCCAUCAGCGUACUUCAUUAGUGUUUGGGAGUUCUGUAAAGGUGUGGAAUAGCAUACUGUUAAAGGUUAUACUUGGGACAAAUUGUGUACCCUUCAUUUAGUCAUUAAUCUGGGCAUUUCACCAUCUGUGCAAUCAGUGUCUAUGUCCCAGUGCCAGUGCAAUGCUCCCUAGUCGUGUGGAGAUACAUACAGGGGCUCAACUGUAUAGGAGCCAAGCUUCUGUUAAAUACAGUUGGCUUUGAUGAUAACUGGGAAUGGAUAUCAGUUGUGUGUCUGAUAAAUGCUUGUGUUGGUGUUAUGAAAGUUGGGAGAUUGCAUGAAAGGUUACUAACAUGGCCGAGAAAACUUAUGCGGCUUGACGCUGAACAUAUCUGGAGUCCUACAGCUGUAUGUAUCUGGAGUCCUACAGCUGUUUGUACCUGGAGUCCUACAGCUGUAUGUACCUGGAGUCCUACAGCUGUAUGUAACUGGAGUCCAACAGCUGUUUGUACCUGGAGUCCUACAGCUGUAUGUACCUGGAGUCCUACAGCUGUAUGUAUCUGGAGUCCUACAGCUGUAUGUACCUGGAGUCCUACAGCUGUAUGUACCUGGAGUCCUACAGCUGUUAUAUACCUGGCGUCGUACAGCUGAAUGUACCGCGAGUCCUACAGCUGUAUCUGGAGUCCUACAGCUGUUAUGUACCUGGAGUCCUACAGCUGUAUGUAUACGGAGUCCUACAGCUGUUACAUACCUGGAGUCCUACAACUGUAUCUGGAGUCCUACAGCUGUUAUGUACCGUGAGUCCCAUAGCUGUACCUGGAGUCCUACAGCUGUAUGUACCUGGAGUCCUACAGCUGUUAUGUACCUGGAGUCCUACAGCUGUAUGUACCUGGAGUCCUACAGCUGUUAUGUACCUGGAGUCCUACAGCUGUUAUGUAUCUGGAGUCCUACAGCUGUAUGUAUACGGAGUCCUACAGCUGUUACAUACCUGGAGUCCUACAGUUGUGUCUUGAGUCCUACAGCUGUAUCUGGAGUCCUACAGCUGUAUCUGGAGUCCUACAGCUGUUUUGUACCUGGAAUCCUACAGCUGUAUGUACCGGGAGUCCAAUGUUUUUUUCAGCUAUUCGAUUGUCCAUGAACAAAAUGAUAGUCAUUAUUCCCCUUAAUUUUAAAACAUCUAUGAAUAAUAAUAUCAAUUAUUAUUGCCAUCUAUAAUUCAUAAUGACUGCUCAUUCAUCAAGUUUUGGAUCUAUAUGUCAUGGUCAGUCUGUUGAAAUGGAGGCUAUUUUAGCUAGUAUUUAUUAAGUUCAUAAUUUAAAUUUUAAAAUUUUAUGAAAAUAUGUCUGAAAAAGAGAUAUUUAAUAUUAUGAAUCAUAUACACUCCAUUUUGUCCUACAGUCAGAUUAAAUCCAUAAUACUUCCUUUCCGAUAGUUAUUCACUUGCUAAAUGGAUGCUAAAUAUAGUACUAAAAAAGUUAAGGAUGACAGAUUUAGUAUAGUAAUAUGAAAGAAUCAGGUGGUCCUUAACUUUUUUAAUAGUAUAUAAGACUAUUUUUAUGUCUUGAUGUCAGUGUGUAACCAUGGAAACAAGGAAAUGUUGCACAGUGUAUAUGUCAAUGAGGAUAAAUAUUUGUAUAAACUCCUUGUUGAUGCUUCUGUCAGUGUAUAAUACUGUAUUCUUAACACCUAGCUCUGUGUAUAUACUGUACAGUAUAGUGUUGCCAUGUUAGACGUAGCACCACCAUGUACAUAUUCCCUCACCCCCUCAUCCUGACCCCCCCUCCCCCUCCCUCAGUAUUAUUGCCCCUGUCAACAUAAUGCAUCCAGCCUACAGGCCAACAAUAAAGGUGAUAUGGUCAUUUAA